AUGGUGAUCAAAUCUCGCUGGAACAUCCCGAUCGACAACAGUUCUUUGCAGCAAUGGAUCUUUGGCUCGUCAAAGGGUCCCCUUCCGGACCGGAAGACCAUCAUCGAUGCUGAACGCCCAGACACCCAUUUCUUGACCUUCACCGAGUAUCGACUACUGGCCAAGCGUGUCGGCCUGGGGCUGCAGCAGGCCGGCCUGAAGCCCGGCGACAGGGUGCUCGUCUUCUCCGGGAACAAUCUGUACUUCCCGUCCGUGUUUCUUGGCGUCCUUAUGGCCGGUGGUAUAUUCACGGGUGCCAAUCCGACUUUUGUUGCGCGUGAGGUUGCGUAUCAGCUUCGCGACAGCGGUGCCACGUUCAUGUUUGCCGCGAAAGGCAGCCUGGACAUCGCAUUGCAAGCUGCGGAGGAAGCAGGCUUGUCGAAGGACCGUGUGUUUAUCUUCGAUGCAGAGACUGAUGCUCGGCUUGAGAAACCCACACCCGGAGUGAAUGGCCGGCAAAAAGGAGCGAGGCACUGGACCGAGCUCAUACAGGCCGGCAAGGCGCAGGCCGAGAGCUGGGACUGGGUCGAGCCCUCAGAUGCGGCCAGCACAACUUGCUGUCUAAACUAUAGCAGCGGGACGACCGGCGUGCCCAAGGGAGUCGAGAUCUCGCACCGCUCAUACGUUGCCAACUGCACACAGGUCCUGUUCGUGGCAAAGCUGGACCCGGAGCACGACGUCAAGAGAGACAGGGCUCGGGCACUCGCAUUCCUUCCGAUGUACCAUGCAUACGGCCAAACCUAUUUUGUCGCAAACUACGCUCGUCAAGGCACGCCAAUCUAUGUCAUGUCUCAAUUCGACUUCAUGAAGAUGUUACAGUACAUACAGAAGUAUCGCAUCACCACCUUGACCUGCGUGCCGCCAAUCAUUGUGGCUCUUGCGAAGCAUCCUGCCAGCCGCCAGUUCGAUCUGAGCAGCGUCGAGACUGUCGGGUCUGGCGCUGCGCCACUGUCUCAUGAAGUCAUGACGGAAUGUCAGAGCUUGUUCACCAAAAACGAAGUCGUCAUCAGCCAAGGCUGGGGCAUGACGGAGACAACUUGCACGACCCUAGCCUGGGAUAGUAGAGUAGAUGCGCGUGCUGGCGUGGGAGAACUCUACCCCAACAUGUCCGCAAAGAUCAUGGAGCUGGACGGGAAGACAGAGAUCCUGGAGGCCAACAAGCCAGGCGAGAUCUGGGUGAGCGGGCCAACCCUGCUGAGAGGGUACUGGCGCAAGCCGGAAGCAACCCGCGAGACGGUUGUGACCGAUCCCGACGGCACGCGGUGGCUGCGAACCGGCGAUAUUGCGCACUGCGAGGAGUACCGCACGGGGACGAUAUGGCACAUCGUCGACAGGAUCAAGGAGCUCAUCAAGGUCAAGGGGAACCAGGUGGCCCCGGCCGAGCUCGAAGGGCUGCUUCUCGAGCACCCGGCCGUCGCGGAUGUCGGCGUCAUCGGCGUGACCAUCGACGGAGAAGAGGUGCCGCGGGCUUACAUCCAGAAGAGCCAGGGAGCAAAGGCGACGGAGAAGGAGAUUGCGGAGUGGAUGGCAGAGAAGGUGACCAGGUACAAGCGCCUCAAGGGCGGAGUGGUAUUCGUGGAGGCGAUUCCGAAGAAUCCGUCGGGCAAGAUCCUCAGAAAGAUUCUUAGAGACCAGGCUAAAGCAGAAGUUGGGGACCGUAAACCAUUUGGUUCGAGAAUCUAG